AUGGCUUCUUUUAAAUUGGCUCCACGACAAAGGAUCGACCUGGAAUGUGGGCAGCCAGCUGUCAACCAGAAUCCCGCGAUCGUGGAGAGCGCUGCUAGACGAGUCGAUCCAAUCAAGGGCCGAGAGGAGGCCGAUGAUGGAGUCCAAGUCGAGGUGAUUGCCAAAGUGGGUGUGUUUGACGCAAGCAACCGGUGA